GAGGAUGCCAUGGAGCUUGCUCUGGCUCGGUUUCAGAAUGUUUUAUCCUCAAAAGAUUGAGGCCCUUGUUCUUUGCUGUGCCCACCUGGGUAAGGCCACUGCCAUCCUGCACACUGAGGAGAGAGCAAAGCCCGUGGGCAAUCUGCUUGGUUUUGAGGUUAGCUGCCCCAGUGGUUCCUGUGUUAUUUCCUGUGCCGUGGGAUCAGUAGCUGGAGGGAACGUUUCCAGGAGCAUCCCCCUGUCCUCUGGGAAGGGCUAGCCAACAACUGCUUGUGUGUGCACUGGCCUGGCAGGGUGAGGGAUGCCUAACGGCUCCUCGGCUGCCUAUGGGGUUUUAGGCAGGGAUUUUAGAGGGUGGAGCUGCCUUCAGAAGAGGGUGUGCUCUAGAAGUCAGAGAGUGAGUCUGCUGGGGUUUGCACUCUCUAUCCACUUGCUGUUGCGAAGGAAAUUCUUAUUUUUGUCCAGUCAGGUGAACAUUUUUAUUAUCUCAGUGAUACUUCCAAGGUGUUUGGUACUUUGAAGAGCGUUCAGAAUUCCUGCCGACGCUUCUCCGGAGGGAAGCCAUGCCCUGCCACAGAGCCCUCUGCCUGGUCCUGCUAACGCUGUGCAGCAUCCUGGGCCAUACUGCCCUGGCAGCAGAAUACCCGCAGGACCCUGUCCCGACCCUUUGGAACGAGCCACCCGAGCUGCCCUCCGGAGCUGGCCCCUUCGAUGCUGCCGCCGCCGCCACCACAGCCCGCGCGUCGGACGCCACCGCCUUCCCCCCGUACACCUCCAAGCUGGAGCCCGAGGACACCACCCACCUGCACCGGCUGGAUGCUGGCGACGGCUCGCUGGGGCCCGGAGCCAUUGGUGCCAUUGUCAUCGCCUCCCUGCUGGGGACAUCUGUGCUUGUGGCCUUGGUUGUCAUCACGCUGAGAAAGUUCUCAGCUUCUUGAACUCAAUAAAAGAUCUUUCUGUAA